UUUGAAAUAAAAUCCAAAGUGGUGAAGAUCAAGCGCUGUCGUUAUUUCCUUCGAAUUCAAUUCUGAAGCGAACAGGUGAAAAAAGAAAUCAAGAUGGAGCCAUCUUUUCAAGAUAAACUAGAGGCCAUAAAAUCGUUAUUGAAUGAUACUCUUGGUCCAGAUGCGCAUUUAUUGCUAGGUGAUUUGAGUAAGCAAGCUUCCGAUACCGUGACGAAUAUCAAUGAUGAUAUGACGGUCGUAGACGCAACAGAAGAUGACAAUUUAAUUGUCAUUUCAUCUGAUGUAGAUCCUUCUAUUUUGCCAAUUGGAAAUUUAGCCACGCGUGACGGGGACAUAUCAUUAAACAGCGAUGAACAUGCGGCCAACAACACAAAAUUUACGUUAAGCGAUAUACACGCCAUUAAAGAUUUGGAUCUCACAAUUCUGCUAGCCAAGCAUAACAAAUUCGGAAGCAUAGAAAAAGGCGAUCGUGUUGUAGUGGCAAAAUGCAUCGUCAAAAAUCUUUUAACCAAUAAUCAUGAUCUUAGAAUCGAUCGACAAUGCUUCCUAGACAUUGCAGCUGCUAUAACCGAAGCCUUUCCAUCUGAACAAACUGCCUCAUACUUUAUACCAUCUCAUGGUUCAGUUUCGGCAAAAGGAGCUCUCUAUAAUUCGUACCGCAGUUACCGUGAAUCUCUUGGCAAUGUUGCUCUGAUCAGCGUUAGAGCCAAGGCUAGGAAAACUACAAAAGUCACUGGUGAAAACGAGGCAGAAGAUGAAGAAGACCCAGUCAAGUCGCUAGCCUUCGUGAAAUCAAAUACGGACCCGAAACCUGGUAUGGAACAUCAUUGGGAAAUUUCACGAGCAGAGCGGUUGAAGCUUUUGAAGACCAUGACAAAUUUCGUUUAUUUUGACACGUUCCCAGUACUCAAAAUGGGUGAUGGAUUCCAUUGGCUUAUGCGCGAUUUCGAUUCGAAGUAUCCAGAGUCAGCUGAUAUUUCAAUACUGUGGCCUGACGUUGCAUCCAAAAUAAUAGCGUUUGCUCGAGCAAUCCGAAAUAAGAAUCCUGUCUUAAAACAACUGCUGAAUGACAUCAACGAAAGCAACGAAAAUGUGGUGUCGAUCCUAUUGUUGCCACUGAUCUUGAAGAAUGUCACUACCACCAACAAGCAAAACAAGGACGGUAAGAAAACGGCAAGAUUGACUAAGGUUGAAAUAUCGUCGAUGUUCGUGCAACAAUUUAAGACUGAAGCUGAGCGUGUCCCUGAUGACGUAACACACGAUUAUCCACGAAUGACGUUGAUUGGAACAGACCUAAAUAAUGCUAUUUUGUACGUCGAAGUCGGGGAAGUCCGUUAUGGAUUUCAAAAUCCACUUAUUUGUUUGGGAACAUGUUUCAAAUUGUACUUCGCGUUGGACUGCGAGUUCCACCCAUCAUCGAAACACAUUUGGCAAUUCAUUGAUGCCGCCAUUUAUAGAUUAAAUGUAAUCAAUGUUAUGCCGAGUGUUAAAUCUCAACUAUUUGAUAUUUUAAAAAUGUAAAAUGUUU